AUGACGACCAAGUCAACGACCUCAGCGAGGACGCAGGGGCAGCGUACCACCACGUUCUACACGGAUCCCGCCGACCUCUGCCGCGCCGUGUGCCAGUUCGCCGCAGAGGGCAUUGGCCAGGGCGCUGGGGUGGUGGUGGUGGCGCGGCGCCUGCACCGCAAGGGCAUCGAGCGGGCGCUGGCCGAGCGGGGAGUCGACGUGGCGGCGUGCCACGCCAGUGGCCAGCUGUCCAUGCCCGACGCCGACACCGUGCUACGCGACUUCCUGGCCGAAGGCGGCAUGCCAGACCCGGGCCGCUUCUGGGCCAUCUUUGGCUCGCUCUUCGAGAACCUGUGGAGCCAGUUGGCCGCGCGCCAGGAGCAGCGGGGCCGGCCCUUCAGCCUGCUGUGCGGCUAUGCCGUCGGCCACUUCGGGUGCGAGGAACAGACGCGCGCCUUCCUCGACCUCUGCGGUACGCACGGCCGCGUUGUGCCGGCCAAGAGCUACGAGACGCUCCGUGAGCACCACAACAGCCAGCAGCACCUCAUCGCGCGCCUGCAGCAGCAGGCGCUGGCCCUGCAAGCCGAGGUCGCGCAUCGCCGCGCCGUCGAGGCCGAGCUUCAGCUGGCCAAAGAGCGAGCCGAGGCGGCCAACCAAGCCAAGAGCAUGUUCCUGGCCGUCAUCAGCCACGAGCUCCGAACGCCUCUCACAGCCAUUGUCGGUUAUGCCGACCUGAUGCUUGCAUCGUCGUCGUCAUCGUCCGCUGCAGCGGGCGAGAUGCCGGCCAGCGAGAGGGGCGAAAUCGUGGAGGUCAUUUCGCGCAACGGCCGCGAGUUGGUGCGCCUCCUCAACGACGUGCUCGACCUCUCCAAGGUGGAGGCCGGCUCGCUGCAGAUCGACAGCGUGCCCUUCUCCCCUGUGGAGCUCGUCUCCGACGUGGCGUCCGUGCUGCGGCUGCAGGCCCGCGAGAAGCAGCUGUCGAUGCGGAUCAACAUCGGACCCGACGUGCCCGCCCGCGUGCUGGGCGACCCGUCGCGCCUGCGCCAGAUCCUGGUCAACCUCACCAGCAACGCCGUCAAGUUCACCCCCGCCGGCGGCAUCAUCGACAUGGCGCUGCGGAUGCGGCCCCCACCAGUUGACAGCCCACCAUUGCUCGAGUGCAUCGUGCGCGAUACGGGCUGUGGCAUGACGCCGGAGCACGCGCAGCAACUGUUCCAGCCCUUUUCGCAGGGCGAGACGUCGGCGUCGCGGCAACACGGGGGCGCGGGCCUCGGGCUGUUCCUGUCGCGCCAGCUGGCCCGGCUGCUGGGCGGUGACCUCGUCCUGGCACAGACAGCGCCUGGCCAGGGCACCACCUUCGUGGCCACCGUGCCGGCCAACACGCCAACGAUCAUCCCCGAUGCACUUGAGGAUCAGCAAGCGGCCGAUGGCUUGGCGCUGUCACGCUGCGAACUGAACGACGAGCAGACAAUGACAUCAUGGUCACCACCGCCGGAUCGACAGCUGCAGCCGAUCGACUGCGCCGCCAUCUCAGUUCUGGUGGUGGACGAUAACUCAGUCAAUCGGCGGCUCAUCCAGCGCGUGCUCCAGCGCCUCGGCUACGUCGACGUGGCCUGCACUGCCAACGGCCUGGAGGCCCUGAAUCACAUGACGGCCCACCACUGCGACCUCAUCCUGAUGGACCUGCAGAUGCCGAUGAUGGGUGGCCACGCC